GCCGGCGGUCAGGAGGACCACAUCUCCUUCGGUUGUGGCGGCGCCCGCGCCUUCUGUGGCGUUGGGGGAGGGGGUGUGGGGCAGGCGGCCCUGACUCCUCUUUCCUCGUCGGCGGUCAGGUGGACCGCUUCUCCUUCGGCUGUGGCGGCGCCCGCGCCUUUUGUGGCGUUGGGGGAGGGGGGUUUGGGGCAGGCGGCCCUGACUCCUCCUUCCUCGUCGGCGGUCAGGAGAUCCGAGCCUCCUCCCAGUGUACCCAUUGCUAUGGGUCCCGGAUUGGGGUACUUGUCCGAGGGGUAUGGGAGCCCGCAGCCGCCUCUUCCGGUAUCCUUGGUUGACCCUUCGUGGGUGUCAGCGCGAGGUGUUACUAGGGAGGAGGUCGUUGCUUUUGACGGGAUCCCGGACCCGACCUCGACGGGGAGGCGGAUGAGUGCUCGCAUUCAGGAGCUUCCGGAGGUUGAUGACAUGCAGCAGAGGUGCGCUAUGAGGGCGGCCAAGCUUCAUGAUGCUGCGAUCUCUACUGGUUAUUUUCCGAGCCACGGCCGUGAUCCGUUCAUGGUCGCUACUCACUCCGAUGGAGGCCAGGGAGCAUUUGGUUACUGGAUCUAUCCGCUGGGAGAUGGUAGCUCGGGAUAUCUUCAACCGGUUUGGAUGGCGGUCAUGUAAUAGGAUAGGCAAUUAGUUUACCUAUUUAUCUUUAGCCAGCCGGUUGUGGCGCCUUAUCUUGGCUAGUCUGUGUGUCCAGCCUCUUUAGCUCUAUGUGAGCUGUCUUUUUAUUACUUUUCAGUCGGAGACUUUGGAACCUUGUUGGAACCUUUUAUUUCGUUAAUAAGAUGGCCGUAUGCAUCAUUCUGAUGCAGAGGCCGGGGAGAUCCCCCUUUUUGAAAAAAAAAAUCUGGCAUAUAUUACACAAGGAAUACUUUCAGUAUAUCUGUCACACAUGUUUUCCUGUUAUGAUGGUGCCAAGUAGUAGUAGUACACAAGGAAUACUUUCAGUAUGUCUGUCACACAUGUUUUCCUGUUAUAAUGGUGCCAAGUGGUAGUAGUACAAAGUUAAACUAAUCAAUCUGAAACUUCCAUGUGUUUUGCCUCUAAUUGCAGUUGCUAAAUACCUUUACUCACAACUAAGUGCUAAACUAUUUGUCAUCACUAAUUUCAGGACCAUAAUGUAACUGUGAUGCUUCUUCCAAGCUUUGACUCCGGAGCCUAGCACCGGUGCUGCAGGGAUGUUCGAUUUCUUUUCAUGGCAUCUAUAACUUCCUCACUCAAUUUGUCACACCUCUCGGGAAGCCAAUCUCUUGGGCAGGGCUUGACACUUGAAGACCAUCUUCUACAGUGUGUGUACAGAUAACAUGUUACAGUUCUUUUGUAGUGGCAGAAACUUCACCUUACCGGCAGUGCUGGUUGUAGCAAAUUAGCAAUAGCUUAUUUUUUGAAUUCUGGCCCUAAACUGACCACGAAUCUUGUGUAUGUGUUCAUUGAUAAUAUGAUGAAUUUUGGCUGCAA